UACUAGUCAGUUCAGGAUAUUUCAUGCUGGCCCUCGGCAUCGUCCAAAAAAUCAUAUGUUAAGGCCCUAUCCAAAUAUUGUAACACGAUCAAAGAGAAUAGCUCAGAGAGUAGAUCUCUCAGCGUCAUUGAAAGCCCUCCAGAUAAAAGCUUAGCUUGCUUUGGACAGAGAAAUUCGCAACUCUAUGCCGAAUAUAGAAUGCUCGAAUCAGUAACGCAGUUUCCAAGCCCGAGGUUAGAAGUAAGGACAUCUAAAGAAAUUAAUGGAGCUGCUACCGAAAUUUUUACUGAUCGCCGUUCUACUGAUGCUGAGCUGGCAGUGGACCAGGGCCAGGCCCUCGACCACACCGCAAAACCAACCCAAUGGCGUUUCCAUAUCCCAGCCCGAUAUACCCAAUAUAAAUCCUUUGGAUAUCCUAGUGGAAGGUAUCUUCCACAUUAAUGCACAAGGCUGCCCACCUGGGUAUAUUCGUACUGGUCCACAUAAUAUUUGUCGUAUAAUAGUAUAGAAGGAUUAUCUAUGUUUUGGAGUUUUAGAAGAUGGGCUACUAUGUCAGUGAAAGACUCAAAUCUAAAGAGCGGCGUUAAUUGUCCAACAAAUGCCGGACUUAAACAUGCCAAAAGUAUUUUUUAUGUAUUUUUACUCAAACACAAACAAA